AGGUUGAGCAUCACCAUGGAAACAGGAUUAGCUUGAGCCCUAUGCCAAGCCUCUCCGUGCUUCUGUCGUUUCUGUUUUAAAUAAACGAGCGAUCCUUUUAUUUAACAUUGUUUUAGUACUAGAGUAAUGGAGACGAUUUUGCAGUCAAUAUAUUUGCGUUUAGCCAAACUGAAAUCAUUACCACGUGCUACGUUUUACUCCUAAAUUUGCUUACCCACCGUGGUCAGCAGCAGCAAGGGUUCAGCUAGCAUGCACCGUUAUCCAUUAGCUUCAGCAAUAACUGCUUUUCCGUGAAUUCCCCGCUGCUGGACCCGUGGCCAUAAUGGUCGCUUCUGUUGAAGAGGUUUCUUCGUCUCUCGUAAGAGAAUAUUUGAGCCGAAACGGGCUGAAAAGAACUAUUGCCUGCAUGGAUGAAGAACACCCACGCACAGAGACCAGUAUCAAUAACAGAUCACAACUGAGGCAAAUCCUCAACAUUGAGGAUAUCUACAGAAAAAACAAGGAGCAAAUCCCCCCCUUGAAAACAUUACUGGAGAUUAUUGUGAAGCAUCACAUAGAGCAGCUAAACAAUGACCACACGGCAGCUGGAAAGCCUCUACAGAAUAUCCAAACUAUCGAAUCACCUGAUUAUUCUCCUGCAAGAAAACCAUCAGGCAUAAACGACUUGAGACCAGAUGGAGUCAGACCAACUUUUGUUAAUGGAGAAUACUCUCAAUUGAGGUCUGAAAGAUCAGAAACAUGGCCUUCCCAGCCAACACGUAUGUCAUCUUCUGAGAAGGGCCGACCAUUUACUUCAAAUCCAACAGAUGUCUCAAUUUACAACUCGGAUUACCAGGAAGGCCAGCCACCGCUGGCUUCUCUACUGCACAAAAUGCAUAUUGUUCAAAGGCAGCAAGAAAGCAACAGUUCCUUCUUUGAGGCUGCCCAAAAGAACAGAAGUAAUCGCAUCAGAAGAGGCAUGAUGACUGGGCCAAUACCACAGGAAUCCAACAGAAAAAGACAAAGUCGAAGAGCUGAAGAGUCUCAGACAUGGUUAAAAAAAGAGGAGGGGUCUCUGGAUGGAUCUUUGUUGUUUAAAAGCCGUUUGACACAAAAUAGCACAGCCAGCAGCUUAGAGAGGAAACGGGAAUUCCUGAAUACACCUGAGAGGAACCGGGAUGAGGAAAGCUGUGUAAAAACGGAACAAAAACUUGUAAAACCAAGAAAAACAAAGAUGAGAUCAAAUGCCUCUGAUCUGAAAGUGUCCGAGAUGGUUUUAGAUGACAUUGAUGAUGAUGAUGAUGAUGUGCAAGAAGUGUCUCUUCAGAGGAAUGUUUCAGGAUUUCACUAUUCGGGCUGCCAGAUGGACCAUCACUCUGCCUUAGAAUUGAAAAACCUUCUUCUUGCUUCCAACCUUAAUAGUUUCAGUUCUGAGUGGAUGAACCAAGGUUUUACAUUUUCGGAGACACAUGACCUCAGAUACGGCAUUGUUCAGAGGAAGGGUGGUCCUUGUGGAGUCCUGGCAUCCAUUCAAGCAUUCGUUCUGAAGAAACUCCUAUUUGACAACACUGACAGCACUAUUAAUAACCUACAUAGGUUACGACCCUCCAACUCAACCAGAAGACAGUGUCUCGUUUCAGCUCUGGCGGAAGUCUUGUGGAAAGCUGGGGAGAAAAAACAAGCUACAGUUGCUGUAAUUUCAGGGCCAGGUCAUUUCACCAUAAGUGGACUCCACAGAUGUCAAGCAAUACUAGAAAAGAUGAUGCUUUUCUCUGUGGAUAGCUUCAAAGACCUGCAGUUCAUUGUGGAGCAGCAAAUUGAACAGUUUGAAUCUGGAAAGUUAGGAUGCGUGCUGCUGGCCAUUUCAGCGAUUCUCUCUCGAUCCAUUGAAAAAGUAAGAGAAGAUAUGGACGUCCCCACCACCACACUAAUAGGAGCCCAUGGCUACUGCACUCAGGAGCUGAUCAACCUGUUGUUGUGUGGCAGAGCAGUGUCUAAUGUGUUUGACAAUGACAUGGAGUUGGACUCGGGCAACGGCAACGUGACACUGCUCAAAGGAGUCAAAGAUCCCUGUGAAGUCGGCCUGCUGUCCUUGUUUGAGCAUUAUAACAUCUGUAAGGUGGGGGCUUACCUGAAGAGCCCCUCCUACCCCAUAUGGGUGGUGUGCAGUGAAAGCCACUUCAGCGUGCUGUUUGGCCUGCAGAGGGAGCUGUUGACCAAUCAGGAUGAUGGUCUGGAGUUUGAUCUCUACUUCUAUGACGGACUGGCCAAUCAACAAGAGGAGAUCCGCCUCACUAUUUCUGUUGGAAAGUCAGCUAAGAGCUCUCAGCAAGUCGAUGCCGAUCUCACUCCUCCACUUGAGCUCUGCAUCCAAACAAGAUGGAAAGAUGCAUCGGUCAACUGGAAUGGGACAGAACCUCUCCUCUGAGUGAUUGGAUUCUCAUCAAUAAUCCUUAUGAAAAAUUAACCAACGCUAAUCACUUCACAUUAUACUCACAGAUCAUGUUUAGUAUAUAUGAUCAUUGUUACUUUUAUUCACUUUUGAGUUUGCCCACAUAUUUAUCUGAGACUCCGAAAUGACAUUAUUUAAAACUUAUUUUUACUAAUAUAUGUAUACGGUAUAUUAAAAAUGUAAUAGUGAUUUUGACAAGUUACAGAUAAGGUAGGUUUUUUUCCUCAAGUAUACAUGAUCAUUAUCAUUUUUGGAUGGAAUCUCAUUCUAGUGGCAUCAUGACAUUUGUGCAAAAUUACAUUUUCACCAUAACGGCCUUGGAAAGUCUACUUAUAGUUGAAAAAUAAAUAGUUUUGGGUGUUUA